AUGCUUCGAUGCAGCGAUGUGAUUUGUGCUGGGGAAGCAGGCCAGUUCCGUGCCAACUCGGACAGUGUUGGCUGGAGAGGCAGCACGGGUACCACAGUGGUGCACCCUACCAGCAGCAUUCGGCGGGCUGAAUGGUUCGAAGGUCGGCUGCGGCUGCUCUGUGAGACGGAUGGGGAACCUGAUGUGUUUGCUCUCGACGGCUUCAAGGACUCGGACUUUGACCCUCUCUGGAAAUUCUUGGAGCAGAGUUGCGGCGUGUACCUCAAGAAGCAUCGUCCAAAGGCAGCCUUGGAAGAGGGUGACUUCGACGCUGCCAUGCGAAGCAUUGAAGAUGGAGCAGAUCGGGUGGAUGAAGCGACCACGGGCUCGGUCCAGAAGAAGGCCAAAGAAGCUGACCUGAUGAAGAGGGUGGAGGCAGUGCGUGAUGGCCUUGAUCAGGCAGUGAGUGGUGACAAGCAAGCCUUGAGCCGUGUGUUUGCAGCAAAUGGCUGCGAGCGCAUUGGCCGCCUGAGGCUAGUGGUGGACACUGUGCAAUUGGAGGUGUACAAUACUGAUCCACGUUGGCAGCAUUUGCUCAGCAAGUGCGCUACCAUCGAAGCAGUUCUGAAGGAGCUAGGCACCUUCCGCCUCUGGAAGCCUGCAGAGGGUCAUUCAGAAAGCUUGCUGAAGCGUGCCAUGGUAAAGGAACUGCGGCACUGCCAGGGUGACGAUGAGGUCCCAGAAGUUCAGGAGACUAAGGAAGUCACUCCUCCAGCUCCACAGGUGCAAGAGGCUCAGGCGGAUGUGAAUGAACCCAAGGCUGAGGCAGAAACCAAACCGGUGCAGCCAGCACAGCCCAAGAUGCCCAAGGUGCAACCACCACUGCAGCCACAUCCAGAACCUGAGCCAGUGCCAGUUGCCCAGAAGGACAAGGCCGUGGCAUCCCAACUGCCUAGAAAUCUGCGCAAGGAAGUUGCCAGAGAAGAUAGAGACGGAUCCAGAAGCCCAAAAGCUCGUGAGUCACGUGAUGAUGCAGAUGAAAAGGCUGAAAGGGCGAGACGCUUGCUCUAUACCCAUCCGAACAGCAUUUUUGAAGGCUGGGUUUGGAAGAGGAGCCGCUUUUUGAAGAUUUGGCGUCGCAGGUGGGUGGUGCUUUUGCCCGGGCAGCUCAUGUCCUUCAAGAACCGCGGGGAUGUCGAUCCUACCGAGCUGGUUCCUGCCGGCAGCAUCUUCAGGGUCUACAGUGCCGAUGGUGAUGUGCAACAACCUCGAUGCUUCUGUGUGGUGGUGAGGCAGAGGAACUACUACAUGGUGACGGAUGAUGAGACGCAAAAGCGCACUUGGAUGCAGGAAAUCGAAAAGGAGCUUGGCUUUUGCCUUUCCUCCGAAGCACAUUGCAAGGAGUUUGGGGGUGGGAAAGUAACACAAGAGUUGUCAUGA